AUGCUGAUUUCCAACAAUUCAUAUGUGGCCAUCCAAUCUUUUAUUCUUAAUGGAAUUCCUGGUCUGGAAAGAGUACAUGUGUGGAUUUCGCUUCCACUCUGCACAAUGUACACUAUCUCCCUUGUGGGAAACCUUGGUCUUGUGUACCUCAUUUAUUAUGAGGAGUCCUUACACCAUCCAAUGUAUUUCUUUCUGGCUAUGCUCUCCCUCAUUGAUCUCCUUACCUGCACCACCACUCUACCCAAUGCCCUCUGCAUCUUCUGGUUCAAUCUCAAAGAAAUUAACUUCAAUGCUUGCUUAGCCCAGAUGUUUUUUGUUCAUGGUUUCACAGGUGUAGAGUCUGGUGUGCUCAUGCUCAUGGCUCUGGACCGCUAUGUGGCCAUUUGCCAUCCUUUGCGUUAUGCUACCAUACUCACCAACCCUAUCAUUGUUAAAGCUGGGCUUACCACAUUUUUGAGGGGUGUGUUGCUGAUGAUUCCUUUCCCAUUCUUGGUCAAGCGUUUGCCCUUUUGCAGAAGCAAUAUCAUCUCCCAUACAUAUUGUGACCACAUGUCUGUGGUAAAGUUAUCCUGUGCCAGCAUCAAGGUCAAUGUCAUCUAUGGUCUGAUAGUUGCUCUCCUAAUUGGUUUGUUUGACAUUUGCUGUAUAUCCGUGUCUUAUACUAUGAUCCUUCGAGCAGUGGUCAGCCUUUCAUCAUCAGAUGCUCGACAGAAGGCUUUCAGCACCUGCACUGCUCACAUAUCUGCUAUCAUCAUCACCUAUGUUCCAGCAUUCUUCACUUUCUUUACCCACCGUUUUGGAAGGCACACCAUUCCCCCUUCUCUUCACAUUAUUGUGGCUAAUCUUUAUCUUCUUCUUCCCCCAACUCUAAACCCUAUUGUUUAUGGAGUAAAGACAAAACAGAUACGAGACAGUGUCAUGAAGUUCUUCCAGCGUGAGAAGAGUGACAGUUGA